AUGCCUCCGCCGGAAUAUUUUUACACAUUGGUUCACCAAGGGCCAGGCCUUUUGCCAUAUGAUUAUUCACUUGACAGAUCGGAUUAUGACUCGACAGAGGAUUCGGAGCUUGACUCAGAGGACGACUCAGAGGACGACUCAGAGUGUGAGUCGGAGGGUGUCUCCGAGUGUGACUCAGACGUCGACACAGACGGUGAAUUAGGCAGAGUCCCAUGCCGUUUGAGAGAAUACGGCUGCAACGAAGUCUUCCGCUCAGGUUCUCUUUUAGUAUACCAUUAUGAGCAUAAAAAUUGCUGUGUCGAUGGGCUGGAGAUUACUCCCGAAAUCUUCGACCAGUCGGAAGAAAAGUUCGAAAAUCUCGUGUCCAACAAGUACGGCAUCUACAAGUGCCCAUACUGCAAGAACACAGGCGGAGGCAGGUUCAAAUACCUACACGACCUUGUUAAACAUGCUGAGACCAACGCUUGCCGCUUGAGGGUUCGUGGCGGCCUUAUUAGUGAAGUCCGUCGCAGGCUUCUGGAACAUGUGGACUAUUAUGACUCGCACAGAAUAUUAGAAAAGAGAAUCUGA